GCAGAUUGCUCUGCGCCAGACACCGAAAUUUGCAAAGACGACAAAGAACAAUGUCCGCAUCGAAGAUGAAAAUCCUCAUAUCUGGGGCAGGCAUCGCGGGGCCUUGUCUCGCAUACUGGCUUGCCAGAACGCAUCUUAACGCAGCCGUCACAGUCAUGGAACGAUCGCCUACUCCGAGGGUGACCGGCCAGUCUAUCGACAUUCGUGGUCCGGCAAUCGAAAUCAUGAAGAGAAUGAAUUUGGAAGAGGCUGUUCGCUCCCGGAACACGACAGAAGAAGGCACAAUAAUUCUGAAUGCCUCAGGGAAGCCUUUCGCUCACUUCGAAGGCGGCGAUAAAGGUGGCGAUACCUUCACUGCCGAAUACGAAAUACUCCGGGCAGACUUAGUCGGGCUUUUCCUAGACGCCACCGAGAGCUUGAGCAACGUCAAGUACCUUUACGGCGAUUCUAUCAAAUCUCUGGAUCAGACAGAGAAGACCGUCAAAGUGACAUUCGCCGGGGGAUCAAGCGACACAUUCGAUCUCGUUGUCGCCGCAGACGGGGGCAUUUCGAAAACUCGAGACAUGAUCCUGGACGAACACAUCACCAAGAACUGCUACAACUUCCUAGGCCAGUACAUUGCGUUCUUUAGCAUUCCAAGCCGGCCUACCGAUCCAAAGAUGUGGCAAUGGUACAAUCGCCCGAACGGGCUCUGCGUUAUGCUACGUCCGCAUCGGAACCCUGCUACUGUGGGGGCGUACCUGUGCAUUACCACACCAGCACGCGGGCAGCAGGACCCGGCUGUCGAAGCUGCACUGGAUGAAGGAGUAGAAGCCCAAAAGCGCAUCUUGCACGAGUAUCUCGGGAAUUUAGGAUGGGAAACAAAGCGGGUGUUGGAAGGGAUGGAUAGCGCUGAAGACUUCUACAUGAGCAGGGCUGCGCAGGUGAAGCUUCCAAAAUGGACGAACGGACGCGCUCUUGUGUUAGGAGAUGCAGCCCAUGCAACUUUCGGAGUUGGAACGACCCUAGCAAUCGAGAGUGCGUACAUUCUAGCUGGAGAGCUGUCGAAAAUACAGAGCAGCGAGGAUAUUCCACGAGCUCUGGAGAGGUUUGAAGAGGUUUAUCGCCCACUGUAUACGAAGAGUGAAGGGCUUCCACCUUUUUUCCCACAAUUCACAUUUCCGCAGACAAGUUGGGUGCUGUGGAUCAGAGACUCGUUAUUGUGGUUUAUAAGUAAGACCAAGCUGUACAAGCUUCUCCCGGCUGAUGAGGGAAGUGGCCUUGAGCUACCGAGUUACGGCUGGGUCGACAUCCACCGAAAGGAUGAGUGAGAGCCAUAUUUGGGAUGAUUGGCGAAUGUUUAGAUCUGGAUUCCAUGAUAUCUCUGCUGUUUACCUUAGGGGACCUUCCACUCUCCGUGCAAUCUACUCAAGAACGUUACUUCUACUACUGUUUUGUCGACUUCAAUAUGUCGGUCACUCCAGGGC